UGGGUCAGGGUACGGAGUGUAUGUGAACGGGUGUGUGAGAGAGCUGGGGUCCAGGGCUGCCGUUCACAAGAGUCCAUUACCUGUGCGGAACAAAUAGUGAAUUGGAGAUGAAAAGGCGCCCCCGUGCCAAUGACCAACAUAAGGGCGAGCGAGUGCUUAGGCUGAACGCAUAGGCUAUUUUAGUGAACGUUCUAACGAUUCCGGAGACAGUUUUGAGUGAAGGUACAUUUGGGCUCUUAAUUCCUACUCUGUCAGUCUUUAAUCUGGAUUUUUCACCUGGAUUUUUAACACAGUGCUCAAUGGAAGAUAAAGGGACAGAGUGCGCACCAAGAAAAUAACUUGCAUCCAAGAGAUCCAACAAGUGGCUGAAUUAAUAUUAUUUAUCUGCACGAACGACUGGACAAAAACAACGGAUUAAGCAUAGUUGAAUUGUCUAAUUGUCUUUGUCUGCCUCUCUUCUACCGCAGUGAGAUAAACCGCUGGUCUUUUUUAUUUGCAUGUUGCGCUGAAAGCUCACUGGCAGUGUGUCUCAGCAGAUGGAGUCGCCGUGAUGUGUUUCUAGUUUUGUUCAGCUAAUAGCAAUUAUAAGUGUGGCAAUAUAGGCAUGUUUCAAAAGUUGCCAAUGAAUUCCCUCAACCUAGGCUAGAUCCAUCUCGCAAUGUCUGUAAACAUAACUGUCAAGUAUCCAGAUAAAUAAAAAGGAUAUACUGUGACAACGUCACGUUUAUAAAAAAAAUACAAAUAAUAUAUUAGUCUUCUUAGUGUUCAUUUACCAAAGAACGGGGGAGGAAUUCACGGAUCUUCUCCUCUCUCCUGCCUCUCGAUCCUGUGGCCACAGCGGUUCCUUCCUAUCCAUGGACUUGACCCCCGCACCCUCUUUGAAAGUAAAGUUGUGAACGAAUCUCUGAAGAACCACUCAUAUGAAGACCAGGUCACAGGUGGCAGCCCCAGACCGUCACCGCAGCCAUGCCUAUCAUGCAUCCAAUCACCUCCAAUUUGAUGUACCGGGGCAUCUGCACUAUCCCGGACAUGCUCGCCUACCGAGCCCCGGUCAACCUGCCCGAGGACGAGGUUGAAGAGAUCCGCGAGGCGUUCAAGGUGUUUGACCGUGAUGGGAAUGGCUUUAUUUCCAAGCAGGAGCUAGGCAUGGCCAUGAGAUCCCUGGGAUACAUGCCCAACGAGGUGGAGCUGGAGGUCAUCAUACAGAGACUGGACAUGGACGGUGAUGGUCAGGUGGAUUUCGAAGAGUUUGUCACUCUCCUCGGACCCAAGCUGACAGCAGCCGGAAUGCCUGACAAGUUCCACGGAACCGACUUUGACUCCGUGUUCUGGAAGACUGACAUGCAGAAGCUGACGGUGGAGGAGCUGAAGAGGCUGCUGUACGACACGUUCUGCGACCACCUGACCAUGAAGGACAUCGAGAACAUCAUCAUGACCGAGGAGAGCCAUAUAGAGAACCCAGGGGCCUGUCAGGUGGAUAUAGACACUAGUCCAACGCAGCAAGUCAAGCAGACGUGUGUACGCAAGAGCCUGAUAUGUGCUUUCGCCAUUGCUUUCAUCAUCAGUGUCAUGCUUAUCGCAGCCAAUCAGGUGCUGCGGAGCGGCAUGAAGUAGACGGGGACACCUAUGGCCUCCUGACCCUCUGAAAGAGACUAAUGUAAGACACCUGGACAAAUGACAGAGGAAAAACUUCUAAACAACAACCACAAACACAACCAUGACCACAACAACAACAACGACAAAAACAACAACAGACAAUCAAACCAACAUUAAAAUAAACUGAAAGGAAAAGAAUACAUGGCUCUCAUCCAAUUGACUUCAUGGGCAUAUUUCCCAACUUGCUCCUUAAACUCCUUUCUGAAUUGAACCCAUUGAGACCCUACUAUGUGGGCCUGGAGGAUGACCAUCAUCUGUGCAUGAAGUGCAUGGCUUUAACCAGUCGUCUCUUGAAACCUCUGUAGAAGUUAUUAUAAGUGUAUAUCCAUAUAACUGUGUAACAAACAUAGGUGUGUUUUAAAUCACGUAUGACCAACUGUGACCACUUUUGUUAAUGGAGUUGGGGUCGGAGGUCAAGAACCAAAGUUCAGUGGUCAGGGGAGGGAAUGGAGAAUGUGUUUUUCUGUACUGUGUACCAAAUAAUAUGUCAUGAUAGGAAUAUUUCACAGUUCUGCAUGAACAUAAGGGCUGUUUAGUGGACUACAUGCUCGUAUUGUAAAAGUAGUUUGUUGGGGAACUGUUCUUAUUGACGUACUGUGUACUAUUAACUUCACUGAGCACCCCAUGACGAUCAUCAUAGUAUAUCUUAGUGCCAAUGAAAAACAGCUCAGACGUGAUGGAUUGUAUUAGCAUAUCACUGAGAAAUCCUACAGUAUGUUAUUGAUAUGUGUUAUAUGUGCAUAGCCUAGUGCAGGUAGCUUAGUGGUUAGAGCUUUUUGCCAGUAACCGAYAGGUUGCUGGAUCAAACCCCCGAGCCGACAAUGUACAAAUCUGUCAUUCUGCCCCUGAACAAGGCAGUUAACCUGCUGUUCCCCGGUAGG